GUGGUUGACGAAGAGUGGGUUAAGUGACCAGAAGUCAGAAUUUUUGGUGCUGUUGUUUUGGGCUUGGGUUUUAUGCUUUGUGGUUGUUGUUUGCCAAGGAAGCCCCGUUUUUAAGUGGAUUGGGAGGCGUGAGGAAUACUUCUCUGGGUACAAAGGGAAGGCGGCAGGUAGCGGUAGACGAAUUAAAGAGCUUCAUGAGCUUGCGAAUCCCCACUGCCCUAAACGGGAGAGGAUCGUUGUACGUAGAGAGAGCCUUGGGUGUCUCUGCAUAACGGAUCCUCAAAACAGCCCUAGUGAGUAGUGGUUAAGAGCACGGGUCUGGCGUCACACUUAGUUAUGAAGCCCGGUUCUGCUGACCUCAGACCUGGAGGAAUGCCUUGAAUUUUGACUCCUGUGUCCGUUCCUGUAGAAUGGUCCUUGCCUUAAAGCAAGGGAAACAGCUCUGAUUCAAAGGAACUAGAAGCCUCUCCCUCAGCAGUGGGGAGAUAACCAGGAGCUGUUUUCUGGGGAACUGUGGGAUGUGCCCUUGGGGGCCCAAGAAAACAGAAGGAAGAUGCUCCAGACCAGUAACUACAGCCUUGUGCUCUCUCUGCAAUUCCUGCUGCUGUCCUAUGACCUCUUUGUCAAUUCCUUCUCAGAACUGCUCCGAAAGGCUCCUGUCGUCCAGCUCGUACUCUUCAUCAUCCAGGAUAUUGCAAUCCUCUUCAACAUCAUCAUCAUUUUCCUGAUGUUCUUCAACACCUUCGUCUUCCAGGCUGGCCUGGUCAACCUCCUGUUCCAUAAGUUCAAAGGGACCAUCAUCCUGACAGCUGUGUACUUUGCCCUCAGCAUCUCCCUUCAUGUCUGGGUCAUGAACUUACGCUGGAAAAACUCCAACAGCUUCAUAUGGACAGAUGGACUUCAAACGCUGUUUGUAUUCCAGAGAGUAGCAGCAGUGUUGUACUGCUACUUCUAUAAACGGACAGCCGUGAGACUAGGCGACCCUCGCUUCUACCAGGACUCUUUGUGGCUGCGCAAGGAGUUCAUGCAAGUUCGAAGGAUUUGCCUCCUGCAGACGAGCCUGGAUCUGCUCACACAACCGUGGCAGAGAAUGAGAAGAACAAGCCCCAGUAUGCAACUACAUUUCAAGCCUGUGCUUGUAUUGUGUCUCUUAGACUUCUGAGCCCAGAAGCAAAGUGGGAACCACAAGUUCCUUUUUUUGUUGUUUUUUUUUUUUGAGAUGGAGUCUUGCCAUGUCGCCCAGACUGGAGUACAGUGGCAUGAUCUC